CUGGGCGCCGCGCUAGCCGCAACCUCCCGGGGUGCGGGGAAUUAAGGCGCCCAUGACGGCGGCGGCCACGGUGCUGAAGGAGGGCGUGUUGGAGAAGCGCAGCAGUGGGCUGCUGCAGCUGUGGAAACGCAAACGCUGCGUGCUCACCGAGCGCGGGCUACAGCUCUUCGAGGCCAAGGGCACCGGCGGCCGGCCCAAGGAGCUGAGCUUUGCGCGCAUCAAGGCUGUGGAGUGCGUAGAAAGCACCGGGCGCCACAUCUACUUCACGCUGGUGACCGAGGGCGGGGGCGAGAUUGACUUCCGCUGCCCCCUAGAAGAUCCCGGCUGGAACGCCCAGAUCACGCUCGGCCUGGUCAAGUUCAAGAAUCAGCAGGCCAUCCAGACUGUGCGCGCGCGACAGAGCCUCGGGACCGGGACGCUCGUGUCCUAACUCGCAGGGCAUUCCCUCUUACCUCCGUGCUCUCUACCACCAUUGCUGUGCCCUGGAAGAGACAUGCCAGCUUCCCUGUCUACUCUGGCUCUUUGGAGGCUGCAUGUGGAGCCCUCGACGUGUGGAGGAGACGUUGGAGUUGAAGGAACGGCUGAGGAUGAAGAUUCAGCCCUUGGCCACUCUCAGGAUGUCUCCCAGUGCUGGAGUGGGGGUCUUGUCCACACAGGCUGCUUCACACAUUGCUGCAGAGCUGGCCUCAAGCCCCCUGCCCGCCACACUCUUGUCGCCUCUUCUGCAGGCUCUGGUUAGCCCUGGACCGCGCACUGGGGCCAGAGAAGGACAUUCCCCUAGUGGGAUGCUAAGCCAAAGCCUUGAGACUAUGGAGGCCAGCUUGGUGAUCAGAGAAAGUACCACCCCCUGAACAGUCUCUGGACUUAACCUUGAGGACGGAGGGACCUGCUGGGCCUGGGGCCCAGAUGGGGGGUGUCUUCUGCUGCUUAUUAGGUCCUUUUGGGACCCCCCACACACCCAUAUAGAACCUCUCUUUGCACACUUCUGUACCCACUUCUACCCAUCUUCCCCACCCCAUCCUCCCACUUGAGGUGCUGGGCCCUGGAAGUGGUGGUGGGGUCGGGGAGGGAUUCGGCCAUUACCAUUUCAUGCCUAUCUGAGAAUGAAGAGGCCCGGCACCGGGCAAUAACCAU